AUGCCUAAGGAGAAGGCAACCCGCAAGACCAAGGCUAAGGCCGUCUCUGAUGGAGGCAAGAAGAAGAAAGACCCCAAUGCCCCCAAGCGUGGUCUGUCUGCCUACAUGUUCUUCGCCAACGAGCAACGUGACAACGUGAGGGAGGAGAAUCCCGGCAUCAGCUUCGGUCAAGUCGGCAAGGUCCUCGGUGAGAGAUGGAAGGCACUCAAUCCGAAGCAGCGCGAGCCGUAUGAGGCCAAGGCCAAGACGGACAAGCAACGCUAUGAAGAUGAGAAGGCAAGCUACAACGCCAACGACGAGGAGGAGGACGAGGAGUAG